AUGGGGGCUGGUUUUUCCGGUUUAGCUACUGAGAAAAAUACUGUAACUCAUCCUUCAAACCCUAAUCUUUGUGACUUACCAGAGAGCUGUAUUGCUUUAAUUCUUUCUUGUUUGGAACCUUCAGAUAUCUGUAAAUUAGCAUGUUUGAACAAAACAUUCCACCAGGCUUCAUUAGCUGAUGUUGUUUGGGCAUCGAAGUUGCCUGAAAAUCAUGAAAUUCUUGCGAAAAAACUGUUCAGUGAAGAGGAAUCCUCAGAGAGCUUAUCCAAGAAAGAAAUUUUCUCCAGAUUGUGUCGUCCCAUUCCGUUUUCUGGCGACACCAAGGAAGUUUGGCUGGAAAAUAGUCGUAGAGGGAUUUGUGUUGCCAUUUCGUGGAAGGGAUUGAAAAUUACUGGAAUAGAUGAUCGGAGAUAUUGGACUCAUAUCUCCACAGAUGAAUCCAGAUUUCAUACAAUUGCUUAUCUUCAGCAAAUGUGGUGGUUAGAAGUGGAAGGCAACCUUGAAUUCGAGUUUCCGGCCGGUAAUUACAGCCUGUUUUUCCGACUGCAGCUCGGAAGAGCUUCAAAAAGACCUGGCAGCCGGCGAAUCAUCAGUGAUAUAGAACAAGUCCAUGGCUGGAAUAAGCCUGUCCAGUUCCAAUUAGCAGCAUCAAAUGGCCAGCAUAUGACAUCGAAGUGUUAUUUGAACGAUGCUGCACUGAAAUGGAUGCACUAUCAUGUAGGAGAUUUUGUUGUUGAGAAUUCUUACAUCCCAACAAAACUCAAGUUUUCAAUGGCUCAAAUUGAUUGCACACACACAAAGGCUGGACUUUGCUUGGACUGUGUGUACAUAUUCCCAAGUGAGUCCAUGAACAAGUUAAAACAAUUUUAG